AUGGGGACAUCAUCUGAUACCAGUGAACACAAAAUAAUCAAGAGAAGUUUAGACAGCUUGUCCAGCAAUGGAGGAGGCCAACAGCCCAUCAUCCAAAGGAUUCCACAGAUCUCAGAUUCGGGAGGUGUUCAGUCCUCGUCAGACUCAUUGAAUAACAACUGGUUAAACUCAUGGCCGUCUGAGACCAAAACCGAGGUCAAAAUCUUUAGAGUGGGACCACAAGUCAUUGUCAGGAGGUACUGGUAUCCAUCUCUUGUUUUAGGAGUCCGAAACAACCCAAAGCCAAUCACGGCAUCUACAACGGCGACCAGUGAAUUUACAGGCAGUACGACUUCCACACCAGUUACACCAGUUAGUUCAUCAGAGCCAACAGUCACAGUGAUGACGACCACAUCAGUACCAAUCACCGAAAUAUCAUUAACUACUGUCACCCCCCAGACGCCUACAGAAAUGACAACAACACUGGCUAUAUUAACAGCUACAACACAAGCUACGACUGAAACAUCAGCAACCUCAGCAGUGGAUACAGCUACUACUAUAACAACCGAACUGCCAACAAUGUCACCAGCUUCCACCAUAAUGAAUACAGCUACAACAACCACGUCUCCAACAAUGUCACCAGCUUCCACCAUAAUGAAUACAGCUACAACAACCACGUCUCCAACAGUGUCAACUGCUCCAAUCGGUAACCCUACAGCAACUCCAAAGCCCCCAAUCGGUAAUCCUACAGCAACUUCAAAGCCCCCAAUCGGUAAUCCUACAGCAACUUCAAAGCCCCCAAUCGGUAAUCCUACAGCAACUACAAAGCCCCCAAUCGGUAAUCCUACAGCAACUACAAAGGCUCCAAUUGUUAAUCCUGCAGCAACUACAAAGGCUCCAAUUGUUAAUCCUGCAGCAACUACAAAGGCUCCUAUAGUUAAUCCUGCAGCAACUACAAAGCCUCCAAUUGUUAAUCCUGCAGCAACUACAAAGCCUCCAAUUGUUAAUCCUGCAGCAACUACAAAGGCUCCAAUUGUUAAUCCUGCAGCAACUACAAAGGCUCCAAUUGUUAAUCCUGCAGCAACUACAAAGGCUCCUAUAGUUAAUCCUGCAGCAACUACAAAGGCUCCUAUAGUUAAUCCUGCAGCAACUACCAAGGCUCCUAUAGUUAAUCCUGCAGCAACUACAAAGGCUCCAAUUGUUAAUCCUGCAGCAACUACAAAGGCUCCUAUAGUUAAUCCUGCAGCAACUACAAAGGCUCCAAUUGUUAAUCCUGCAGCAACUACAAAGGCUCCUAUAGUUAAUCCUGCAGCAACUACCAAGGCUCCUAUAGUUAAUCCUGCAGCAACUACCAAGGCUCCUAUAGUUAAUCCUGCAGCAACUACAAAGGCUCCAAUUGUUAAUCCUGCAGCAACUACCAAGGCUCCAAUUGUUAAUCCUGCAGCAACUACAAAGGCUCCUAUAGUUAAUCCUGCAGCAACUACCAAGGCUCCUAUAGUUAAUCCUGCAGCAACUACCAAGGCUCCUAUAGUUAAUCCUGCAGCAACUACAAAGGCUCCAAUUGUUAAUCCUGCAGCAACUACCAAGGCUCCAAUUGUUAAUCCUGCAGCAACUACAAAGGCUCCUAUAGUUAAUCCUGCAGCAACUACAAAGGCUCCUAUAGUUAAUCCUGCAGCAACUACAACUACACCAAAAACUACAAAAGCGACAACUACAACAAAGCCAGUCUUUACAGUCAAACCAAUCACAAAACCAGUCAUUACAGUCAUACCCAUCACAAAACCAGUCAUUACAGUCAUACCCAUCACAAAACCAGUCAUUACAGUCAUACCCAUCACUACUGAAAAGCCAGUGUCUCUGCGAUUCUCCCUUAACAUGACGUUUCAGGACGCCUACGCAGAUAACCUAUCAGCUGCUUUCCUGUCCUUUGCUAGAUGGAUUGAAGAACAGCUUAAUAUAAUAUUUCGAACGCAAUACAAAAACUUCAAGAGAUCCCAAGUCAACAAGCUGAGUAAAGGAUCUGUAGUCGUGUCCUCAACGUUGUUCUUCAAUGACACGGUACCUGAAAAAUUAAACAUCCAAAACACCCUGGAAACCAAGUGGGUGAAUACGUCAAGUCCAUUAGUAAACGGCAGCAUUUUUGUUGACACUAAUCCCUCAGCCAGCUUUGCACAUACAGUGACCUACUCAGCAACGACUCUCCUCUUCACAACUCUGCUUUUACUAUCAACCACUCUUUUCUUCUCGACAUAAUGUACAGAAAAGCCCAAUUCAGGACCAAAAGUCAUCAUCAUUAUCAUCAUAAAAAUCAAUUUACA